UGUAGAUCUGAUGGUUUACCGGAAAUUCCGGUGUUCUUUCACUUCCGAUGAAAGGCAGAGAAAAUGAAUGUGUUUUUGCGGUCUUUUGGAUUUUAACUAAUUUUUUUUUCAAGGUAACAGUGAGUCCAGUGGAAGUGAUACAGCAUGGGUCUGUUAUCUGACCCAAACCGAAGGAAGGCGCUGACCAGUCUCCUCACCCGCCUCAACACUCCCAUAUGUGUGCUGUGCUACCUGGCGGGCAUUGCCUGGUUCAUGGGCCUGGCAUUUGAGCCGUUCACUCUGCGGACGUACAUGUCGGAGAACGCAAUGGGUUCCACUAUGGUGGAGGAGCGGUUCCCCUCAGGAGAAAGAGCCUUGGCUACUGCACGGGAGUUUGCAGCUCAUAAGAAAAAGGUUGGGGGCAUGCCGGUGGACUGGCUGGUGAAGACGAUGCAGGCCAGAGGGCUGGAGGUUUUCACUCAGAGCUUCUCACGUACUCUGCCUUUCCCUGACGAGAGCAAGGAGAGAUUUAUGGUUCGAGGCACCAAUGUGUAUGGGAUCUUGCGAGCACCUCGAGCUCCACGAACAGAAGCCCUGGUUCUCAGCGCCCCCUGCAGUCCUGGCAACAGCAACAACCAGGCAGUGGGCCUUCUGCUGGGUCUCGCCCAGUAUUUCAGAAGUCAGAUUUACUGGGCUAAAGACAUCAUAUUCCUGGUGAAUGAGCAUGAUCUCAUUGGCAUGCAGGCUUGGUUAGAGGGCUACCAUCACACCAACAUCACUGGGAUGAGCUUCACGCCACUACAGGGCCGAGCCGGCUCCAUCCAGGCCGCGCUCUCACUGGAGCUCAGCAGUGACGUCAUCACCAGUCUGGACCUAGUACUGGAGGGACUAAAUGGGCAGCUUCCCAACCUGGACCUGGCCAACCUCUUCCACGCCUUCUGCCAGAAGCUCAGCGUCCUCUGCACCAUUCAGGGGAAGCUUCAGAGGAACGACUGGGACAGUACAGAGGGUUACACUCACGCUGCACAGACCAUGAUGCUGAUGGUGCUGAAGCAGGCGAGUGGUCGGCCCUGGGGUGACCACGGUCUCUUCCUGCGCUACCACAUCGAGGCUGCGACUGUCCGCGGCAUCAACAGCUUCAGACACUACAAGACUGACGCCACCACUCUCGGCAGGUUGUUGGAGGGAAUGUUCAGGAAAUUGAAUAAUCUCCUGGAGCGACUUCACCAGUCCUACUUCUUCUACCUGAUGCCUUCGCUGUCUCGCUUUGUCUCUAUUGGAUACUACAUGCCUGCGUUUGGCCUGUUGGCUGCCAUCUUGCUGCUGCGAGCGUUGGAUCUGUGGGUCCAGAUUGGGAGUCCAGCUCCAGUAACCCAAGAUGGAGUCGGUGAAGUAGAACCGCCGUCUAGUCCGGGUGUCUUGUCCGUGCUGACUCCGAUAGUGAUCAGUCACCUGACGGGCGUGGCUCUGUACACCCUCCCCAUCCUGUCUCAGGACAUGGCAGUAGAGCACUUCCCCGUGUCCGAGACCGAGGCCGUGGUUCUCACCGCCGUCGCCAUCUACACUGCAGGCUUGGCACUGCCCCACAACACACACAGGUUGAUCUCAGGCGAGGGCACAGAGCAGGGUUGGCGGGUGCUGAAACUGGCAGCUCUACUUUACCUAGCUGUGCUGCUCGGCUGCACGGCUCUCAUCAACUUCUCCCUGGGCUUCCUCCUGGCCGUCACGCUGGUGCCUGCUGCUGCCUGCGUCACGCCACACAUGCCCAAGUCUUUAGGUGCCUUGGCGAUGGUGCUGCUCAGUCCAGGCUGCACAAUCCUCUACUGCAUCUUCCUCUUCCAGGACCUCCAGGAAGCGCCGGUCACGCUGCCUGAGUGUUGUGUGCUCUUCCUGUCCGUCAUCUCUCAGGGCAUCCUAGACCACGCCCUCUACGGUUCGCUGGUCUACCCGCUGUUGGCGCUGUUUGUGUAUCCGUGCUGGCUGCUUCUCUGGAACGUCCUGUUCUGGAAAUAACGAGAUGAACAAACUGAGCCUGUAAUGUGUCUGUCAGGGAAACAGAUCAGAGCACUCAGCCUGCCUUGGGGUGCACCUGAGAGGCAAUUUGGGGGAAACGAGGCAUGGAUUAACGAAUGUCCAUGAAGGGAGUGGUCAAGAAUAUGGGAGGAGCUACUGAAACAUAAGACAUAAGAAGAUAAAAAUUACGGAGGACAUUUUCUCCUGCAAGCUAUUUCUUUGUAUGUUGUUUGUAUUUGUUUUAGGAGACUACACAGGAAAGUUAUUUGUUUAACACUGGAAGGAAACGUAAAUAUGAUUUUUUGAAAAGUACGCAUCAGUGUUUGUCUGGGUACCCGAUGCUUCAGAACAGCUAGCAGGAAUCACUGAGUGUUGAUACUAAUGGCACAUUACACUGUGUGAAAAUGCAGCUACAAAGAGAACAAGUUCACAUUUAAGCCUUACUGGCAGCAGGUAGCUGAUAAACGGGGUACUUUUCUCUUAUUAAUGUGACGAGCUGUUCUGAACAAAGUAAAUGAGGCACAACAUCAUGAAGGCAAGCAUACAGCACACUAACCCAACCUGCAGUUUUGGUUUUCUUUCUUGGCAAAUCUGUUCUGAGUUGAACAUUUUUUUUUUCAUACUUGAUUUGAAAUGUACUUUUUUGUUAAUAAAAUGCCUAAAAACUGAAA